UCCCCCCGCACGCUCCUUUUAGGUUUCAGUGCCCACCCUCACCUUGCCCAUGGUAGGCUCGCCUUCCAGCCCCGGGGAGAUGCCCAGCUGCCCGUCCCUCGGCCCGUUCGGCCCCCCGGAUUCUCGAGCCCGGGCAGUGCCUCCUUAAGCAGCGUCUACGAGCCUGAAAGUUGAGGCGGGGGUUUUGUUCUUAUAAGGAGGGAAAAAAAGUUUCUCUGACAUCCAGGAAAUGAGCAACCCCCGAAGCCCAUUAGGGCCCUGCUGAUGGAGACAAGAAGAUUGGAGUCAGCAGCGCUAUCACCGGCUCCUUGGAGCUCAUUAGGCGGAGAAGCGCCGGGCAGCAGUUAAACAUCUCUCGCGCCUAAGUUUCCAACUCCCUGUAAACUUUUCGCGGACCCACCCACCCGCCUGUGGGUGGGGGGAAAGUAGCGGGACAGCGAGCCAGCAGGCAGACGUCGGUGGACUGCUUGCAGGGAAAGUAAGCUGUCACCUAUUCGGGAAUAGAGGAACUCCUCACCUGCUGGCAGAAACCUAAGAUUAUUCCAACGGGGACAGAGCUUUUUAUUGCAAGGGAAGUUUUCAGCAUGACAGCAGGAAUCUUCAGGGUCUGCCUAGUGGUGGUCACUGCCAUCAUCAAUCAUCCAAUCCUGUUUCCUUGGGAGAAUGCCACAAUCCCAGAAAACGAGGAAGAAAUUAUCCACAAGAUGAGGGCGCACCAGGAGAAGCUGCAGCUGGAACAGCUGCGGCUGGAGGAGGAGGUGGCCAGGCUGGAGGAAGAAAAGGAGGCCCUGAAGCAAGCCGCUGAGGAUGGCCAGCAGCAGAAUGAAGGUCGGUUGGCCUGGGACCUGUGGAGUACCCUCUGUAUGAUUGUUUUCCUGAUGAUCGAGUUGUGGAGACAGGAUUACCUGGACGGCAUCCCACCCGACUCUCCUGGAGAGGAAGAUGACCUUCCCAGCCCAAGGACCACCUUCCAAGGCAUCAACCUCCCUGACAAGGUGAUACUGUCCCACUUUUAUGAGCGAUGCAUCCGAGGGACUACCGGAGAUGCAGUCCGGACCCGGGAGUUUGUAGAAGGCUUUGUGGAUGAUCUAUUGGAGGCACUGAGGAGUGUGUGCAACCGGGACUCUGACAUGGAGGUGGAAGACUUUAUUGGUGUGGGGAGCAUGUAUGAGAACUGGAGAGUGGACAAGCCAUUGUUGUGUGAUCUCUUUGUGCCUUUCACACCCCCGGAGCCAUAUCGCUUCCGCCCAGAGGUCUGGUGCACUGGCAAGUCAGUCCCCUUGGACCUCCAGGGAUAUGGCCAGAUCAAAGUAGGCUGGAUCAAUGAAGACUCCAUGGGCUGCAUCUGUGGCAAGACCAAGCUGGGGGAGGACUUGCUCUGCCUUCUGCACAGUAAGGACAACAAGAUGAGGCCCAGCAACGAGAUGGAAGACCUACUGUGUUUCAAGGACUCUCCAUUCUUAGAUAUGGACCAGGUCAUGAAGUGGUUCCAGACAGCCCUCACCAGAGCUUGGCAACGCAUCUCCCGCAAGUAUGAGUUUGACUUGGCCUUUGGCCACCUGGAUACCCCAGGAUCCCUGAAGAUCAAGUUUCGUUCGGGGAAGUUCAUCCCCUUCAACCUCAUCCCAGUGGUCCAGUGCGAGGAUUCGGAUCUAUACUUUGUCUCCCACUUCCCCAGAGGCCGUCCUGUUGGGGCCCCAUCCUCUAGUACACACUGGUUUCUCUCCUUCGCUGUUUAUGAGAGACACUUUCUUAAGAUGAUCACUAAGGCACUGCCGGAAAAUGCCUGUCAUCUCAGCUGCCUCCAGGUUGCCUCCUUUCUGCUAACAAAGCAAAACCGCUUGACAGGUGUCAGUGGUCUCAGCAACUACCACCUAAAGACAGCUUUGCUUCACCUCCUGCUGGCCCGGCCAGCUUCUGACUGGGGGUCUGGACACCUGGAAUCCCGCCUGAAUGACCUGCUCCGCUUCCUGGAGAAGAGCCUUCUAGAAAAGAAGCUCUGCCACUUCUUCGUGGGCAACCAGAAGGUGCCUAACACCAUGGGCAUUCCUGAGGUCUUCAGACGGACAGAGCCCUUAAACCUCUUCUGUCCCUUUGUCCUUCAGCGAAGUCUCUAUCAGAAAACAGUCGAUUCCUUCUACGAGAUGCUAAAGAAUACUUCUACCCUCAUCAGUGAGUACUCCUUGCACAUCCCUGCUGACCACUCCAACUCACUCCAGAAACGGACCCUCUCUUAGGGUAGCAGGAAUGCAAGGACCAAGGUCAGGGGGCAUAGAACAUUCCUCUUCCAGGUUCCAAGGCCUUCAGAAUCACUUAGAAACCCAGACCUGAGAAGAAGGGCAGACUUUCUUGGGAGCUGUUGGUGCUCAUCCUCUGGAGGAAGCCAGUGGCCUCUAAGAGCAGGGAAUGUGGGACUUGGGGACCCCCCCCAUCAAAGGCAACAACUCAACUGCUUUUAUGCCAUAUUAGCUGACUGGUGGUUGAUGGUUCCCUCUACUUUAGAAAUCAUUCUUUUUAAAGCUCUCUUUGAUUUCUUUCUCCCAUCUCCUUCCUCCCCCCACAACCACCAGCAGGAAAGUGAGGAACAAUUCCAAGCUUUAUAACUUGGGUGUAAUCAUUUUUUUGUUUUUUUACGUCAGGUCCACAAUCUCUACUUGAAUAGCUUUGCUUUAAGGAAAGCAGAGCAGGGAGUCUCAGGAAACGGCAGGGAGAACACAAAGGGCCCUUGUUGACAGAAGCAUCUAGCCUCUCUUAAAAUUUACUAGGUCCUUGGCUGUGGGCUCCUACAACCAGAAGUACCAGUGGAAUCCUAAUGUUAGAAUUCCUAGACUCAGCCUUAUAUCCUAUAUAGCCAUCUGGGCUUCUUUUUAUAUAAAAACAGAAAAGAAGGAUGAUGGGCAUGCAAGGUAGUGGUAAGCUGAUGCCUCAGAUACAAGGGAGAUGCAUAAAGAUUUAAAAUGAGGCAGGUUCCUUCUGCAUUCACAGUGACUCCCUUGCCCCAGCUUCAUAGUACAUCAGCUCCCCAGAGCACAAAGGCUCACCUGGGUGAGUUCUAGCUUCCCCCUCUGCCCUUGUCUAUCACUUGCCAGCUAAACUGGCAUUCUUGCCAGUAGGAUGAUGGGGUGUAUAUAAGGUGGGCUUGGGUGUGGAUUCUAGCUGAAUAUUAAAAGGGGAGGGGGCAGGAAGAAGCUGAGAUUAGAAAAAAGUUAUGUUGGAGGUGGGGUGGGGAGGAGAGAAGAAGAAAGAAUAGGAUACCAAAGACUAAUUUCAGAGCCUAAUGGUGAUUAUGAAGAGAGCACCUACUCCCUACAACAUUUUUGCUGCUAAAACCCAUCUGUUCUCUUAGUCUGGUCCCAGUAUAUACCUUUCCUAGUCCUUUGUGUCUUGUGACUCUGAGGUCACAGAACUGAGGAAGGCAUUUUGAACAAUCAGUGAGAGAAGCACAGCCUAAUGGGCAGCAGAAGUGCCAGAGGGAACCUGCCUAUCUUGUUGAGGGGUUUCAUAGAGAAACACUUAGGAGGAGCCCAGGAAGGUUCCUUGGCAGUCUAGAUGUAACCUUCUGGCUGGGCUUCUGCAACAUGCUGAAAUGUGCAUUGCGGAAUCUGUCCCUGCCUGCAUUUCACCAUGCCAGUGACUCAGAAGCAAAACCACAGAAUGUCUCAGAAAAAAGAAAGAAAGAAAGAAAGAAAG